AUGGCCAAUAUCAAAGUAGACUCGGCUGUCUCCCAGGAUGACCUGGAGAUUCCGCUCAUCGACUUCUCUGCCUUUCUCUCUGGUGAUGCCAACGCGAAGAAGCAAACUGCCGACGCCGUCCUCAAAGGCUUCCAAAACGCGGGCUUUGUCUACCUAAAGAACCACGGCAUAUCUCCUUCGACCGUAUCCACCGUAUUCUCCCACUCGGCCAAAUUCUUCGCACGGCCGAAAGAGCAGAAAGACAAGUUGGCAUGGUACUCCGCCGCCGCCAACCGCGGCUACGUAACACAAGGGCGGGAGAAGCUGGUGGUGCUGGAAGAGACUGGUACAGAGGCGGAGAUGCGCGCUUUGGUGCCAGACCUGAAGGAGAGCAUGGAAAUUGGACGCGAUGACCAGCCCGAAACACCCAACAUGUGGCCAAGCGGAGACGACGAGGCGAAGGAGUUUAAGGAUCAGAUGAUGGGCUUCUUUGAGACAUGCAAAAGCCUCCACAUGCAAGUCAUGCGCGCUAUUGCAAUGGGCAUGGGCAUUGAGGAGACUUGGUUUGAUGGCUUCACAGAUGCGGGCGACAACACAUUGCGCUUGUUGCACUACCCUGGUGUAUCUAAGAGCAUCUUCAAGAGGAACGAUGGGCAACUGCAAGUCCGCGCAGGAGAGCAUAGCGACUACGGUUCUGUAACCCUCCUCUUCCAGGACGCACGCGGUGGCCUCCAAGUCCGCUCACCAAAAGGCACAUUCGUCAAUGCCACCCCUAUUGAAGGUACCAUAGUAAUCAACGCUGGCGACCUGUUAGCACGCUGGUCAAAUGAUACUAUCAAGUCGACGUUGCACCGUGUCGUGGAGCCACCCCCAAAACCAGAAGAUGCAGACAAGGAUGAAUACCCGCCCAGAUACUCAAUAGCCUACUUUUGCAACCCGAACUACGAGCGCAAGAUCGAAGCUAUCCCAGGAACACACGAGAAGGAAGGAAGGAAGUACGGGGACGUCAUGAGUGGAGACUAUUUGAUCCAGCGGUUAACGGCGACAUACUGA